AUGAAAGCGGAUCAAAGGCAUGCAACUUCAAAGUUGAUUAGUGGUUACAUUGUUGACAAUCUUCGAGACCCAAGGUUUGAAGUUACACCAGCUUUUGUCAUGGCAGAAAUGCAAAAAUUGCAUGGACUAGACAUUGGGUAUUACAAGGCGUGGCGUGCUAUUCAACGUGCUUCACCUUUAAUAAGAGGAACUCCUGAAGAGAAUUACGAAUUAUUGUCUUCAUACUUGUAUAUGAUGAAAAGUAAAAACCUGGGAACAUAUACUAACAUAAAGAUAGACAACAACAUCAGGUUUCUUUAUAUGUUUUAUGCACAUGGAUCAUCAAUAACUGGUUGGAAUCAUUGUAGACCAGUGAUUGCUGUUGAUGCAACUUUUUUGAAGUUAAAAAUCUUGUGUGAGCUUCGCAAUGCAAUUGGGAGUCGUGAGAAUUUAAUUUUUUUAUCAGACAGGCAUCAAUCUAUUGCAUAUGGCAUUGCAAAGUUAUAUCCUGAAAGCCACCAUGGGAUUUGUAUCUAUCAUUUGGAGCAGAACCUAAAGCGAAGGAAAGUGAAAAGUGAGGUCAUAAAAGUUUUCCAAAGUUUUGCAAGAGUAUACAUGCACAAAGAAUUUGUUCUAUACAUGUCAGAUAUAGCAAAAGUAGAUAAGAAGACUUAUGACUACUUGAUGGAAGAACCACCGGAAAGGUGGGCACGUUCUUGUAGUCCACGACGAAGAUAUGACAUGCUCACAACAAACAUAGUUGAGUCAACGAAUUUUGUGCUAUUAGAAGCAAGGGAGUUGCCUAUAUUAAGAAUGAUGGAUUUCAUCCAAGUAAAGCUACAACGUUGGUUUUAUGAAAGAAGAAAUGAAGCAGAAGAAACUUUCUAUGACGUUUCUUAUUGGGUAGAAGAAAAAUUGAAGAAAAAGACAGAUUUAGCAUUUACUUUGAAUGUCUUCCCUGUUGAUUCAUGGCAUUCUAGAGUUGAGGAAGAAGGAAUUACUUUCUUGGUGGACUUAAACAAAAGGACAUGUGAUUGUUUUCAGUUUCAAUUUGAUGAAUUACCAUGCAUACAUGCAAUUGCAUCUAUCGAGAAGAGAAACAUCAAGAAAUCCAACUUUUGCUCGCACUGGUACUUAAAGGAAUCUUGGUUGAAAACAUAUGAAAGACAAAUACAUCCUAUAGAACAUAGUGAUUCUUGGGUUGUACCAGAGAGUGUUAAGUCACAAAUUAUUAAACCUCCAGAUUUCAAAGUGCCACCAGGUAGAAGGCAGAAGAAAAGGCAUAUUCCAGCUACCGAGUCAUCCAAAAUAACAUUCAAAUGUGGUCGUCGCAGAAGAAUUGGCCAUAAAAGAACAGCUUGUAUAUAUUCUCCGGCGGUCCAUCCAUUUUCAAGGAAGCAUAGAGAAUAG